GUUACCGCCUUUGUUUCUCCCCGGUUCAUUUUACAGGGAAAACCUACCGGAAGCCAUCUUUCCAUUGCUACGAAGUGCGGACGGAUCAAAACAUUAUUUGUAUCUUUUGCCUUCGUUCUCAAACUCUUUACAUUUAUAUCGAAGCCUCUGGGACUCUCAUCUCAGCAAGAAUGACAGACCGAUACAACAUCCACAGUCAACUGGAGCAUCUUCAGUCUAAGUACAUCGGCACAGGACACGCCGACACCAGCAAGUGGGAAUGGCUGGUCAACCAGCACAGAGACUCUUACUGCUCCUACAUGGGACAUUUUGACCUGCUCAACUACUUCUCUGUUGCUGAAAACGAGAGCAAAGCGCGUGUCCGCUUCAACCUGAUGGAGAAGAUGCUUCAACCAUGUGGACCUCCAGUAGAUAAACCUGAUGAUGCCUAGAUUACACUGGAGUGAGCUGUGAAUGUUUUUUUUACACAUUUUUUAGCGGGGUGGACAUGCAACUUUAAUUUUCUGCUAAACAUAUUUAAAGUUGUGCUCUUCUGAAAUUUCUGACCAUAAAAUAAACCUUGUAUGGCCUUGCCAACACUGAAUGGAUUGUCCAUUUACACAACUGCAGAUAACUGGACACAGAUCUUUACAUUGUUUACAUCUGGACUACCCCAUACAGCUCUGCAGCUGUCAGGGAAAUUAGCUACAAAGGUGAAAGAAAUAGAAAGGGCUUGAAGAUCUAGACAUUGUUUAAAGAAGAUAACAAAAAGUGGUGUUCUAUCGAGUGUUUGUAUUACCUGAUGCAAAGUUCUGUUUUGAUUUAAUAAAAAUUGAUGUUAUCAUUUAAAA